AUCUUGCCCCUUUCUCCCACUUGCCCUCCCGUGAACACGCACUAGGCAGACAUUAUGUCGUUCGGAAAGACGCUAGCACUCUCGACGGGCGCGACGAUCCCGCAGAUCGGACUGGGCACCUGGCUCUCGAAGCCGAAUGAGGUCGAGCGUGCGGUUGAGCAUGCCAUCCGUUCGGGCUACCGCCACAUCGACUGCGCGAUGGUGUACGGAAACCAGGAUGAGGUCGGUCGUGCCUUGAAGAAGGUGAUCCCCUCCGUCGUGAAGCGCGAGGAGCUCUUCAUCACGUCGAAGCUGUGGAACACUUCGCACCGCCCGGAGGAAGUCGAGAAGGAGCUCGACGAGACGCUCAAGCAGCUCCAGCUCGAGUACCUCGACCUCUAUCUGGUGCACUGGCCCGUCGCGUUCCCGCCUGGGCUCAACAAGGGCUUCGAGCCGGAGGACCCGAACAGGCCGGGAUGGGUUAUUCUCGAUACCGAGGUGACUUUGGUGGAUACGUGGAAGGCCAUGAUCGCGCUCCUGAAUACGGGCAAGGUCAAGGCCAUCGGUGUCUCGAACUUCUCGAUUGACCAUAUCAAGGGCAUCGCAGAGGCGACAGGCGUUUGGCCGGUUGCCAACCAGAUUGAGGCGCACCCUCUGCUGCUCCAGGACGACCUCGUCCAAUUCAGCAAGGAGCACAACAUCCACAUCACCGCAUACAGCCCGCUCGGGAACAACAUGGCGGGCCACAAAAAGCUCACAGAGUUCCCCGAAGUGGAGGAGAUCGCGAAGAAGCUAAACGCGACGCCCGCGCAGGUCCUCAUCGCCUGGGGCGUAAAGCGCGGCUACUCCGUCAUCCCGAAGAGCGUCACACCAGAACGCAUCGAGUCGAACUUCCAGCAGGUCGAGCUGCCGGACGAGGACUUCGAGACGCUGACGAACCUCGGGCGCAAGACCCCGAAGCGGUUCAAUGUGAAGACGACGUACCCGGUGUUCUGGGAUAUCAACAUCUUCAACGACGACGCGGAGAAGACGGCGACGAACCAGAUCAAGGUCGCGUGAGCGCUGGGACGUAGUACUGGAAAGUGGAAGCGCAGUGUACGGUACUUAUCUGUAUUCAUAUCGAACGUUGAGGUAUGCCAUGCAGCCAUGGGACGGCAUACCUGCCGUCCGUCAUAUGUCGC